AUGAGGAUCGGGAGGGGAUGUGAGCGCUGUCGCCUUCGUCACAUUCGGUGUACCACUCGCGCGGGAGCGUCGUCCUGUAAUGCAUGCGCUCGCUUAGGGCGGACGUGUCGUCUGGAUCCUCCGUUCCGUUUCAAGACCGUCCGCCAUGUGUAUCAGAAGAGCCAAGGGACUGCCUCUAAGUUCGAAUUGGAGUGGGACUCCGCACAGACUUGGGUGAAUGUUCCUCAGUCUUUGACCUUCGUUCAAGAGUCUGCCGAAGAGUCUGCGGAUGGAAGCAUCAGCGAUGCUCCACCUGAGCCUCAGGGUGAUCCCCAGCUCCCCUCGAACGGCCCUCAUACAUACAUCCCUGAUCCUUUCACAACUCACCUGCCUAUCUCUGGAUCUCUAAAUCCACACGAUGAGGCCAUUGGCAUCCCCCAUGUGGAACCGGCGGUAUCGACUCCCUCCACACACGAUGACCAACAUUCAACCAAAGCCACGGCGAUCUCGCCGAGGGCUGUCAAUGAUAUGGUCUCUCCUUUGGCAUCCAAUAGUACAUGGUCGCCCAUGACUCCAUCCACUCCACGCUCGACCUCCUCAUCGACGAUGACAUCGCGAGAAGCGUUCUUGUUGCGCUCAUACAUCAACAAAAUAUCGCACUGGUUAGAUAUCUGUGACUCGGCAUCGACUUUCAAUAGCGAGGUGCCUCGCAGAGCGCUACAUGUACCGAUGGUUCUGAAAGCAGUGUUGGCGCUAUCUGCUCGACAUGAUGCCAUCAUGUCCGGUGCUAGUGAUUGGGAGGCCUCCGAAUACCACAGUCAAUGUGUAGAGUUGCUGCUCGCCGCCCUUGCGCGGCCUGAGGAAACAUACGAUGACAACAUGCUUAUUUCAGUUGUGAUCCUGCGGAUCUAUGAGGAACUCGAAAGUACGACCGACGAAAAGUGCCAUUGGCUUGGUUCCAAUCGGCUGCUCAAUACUAUGUCCCGAGCGGCAUCAUCAGGCGGGUUGACGGAGGCCGCCAGCUGGCAGUUUCUACGGCAAGCCAUCUACGCAUCUCUUGUUCAAAAUCAGCCUAUGCAGCUGGACCUUCGGAACUAUGAACGGUCAUCUGUUUUCAAGCGGGGCGACGAUGCCGCCUAUGCCAACACGAUUAUCUUCUACUGUGCCCGGAUAAUACAACUUUGCUCGGAAGGCCAUGUUGCGGCCGUGGAUGAGGAGGACUGGCACGAGAUGUCCAGUAAGGUGGAGCAGUGGUACCGCGACCGGCCUGUCAGUUGGCAGCCAUUGCAGUACAAAGACGCCAACCCAACAGAGAAUCGACCAUUUCCCGAAUUAUGGGUCAUGUCACCCCCAGCUGUGGUCGGGCUGCAAUAUUACCACACCUGUCAAAUUCUCCUCACGUCGUCUGACCGUCACUGGGGCGUCGUGAGCAACUAUGAGCGUGCCCGGCUCAGACGUAUAGAAGAGAAAGUGAUUGCAUCCCACGUGGUGCAAGUGAUUGGACUAUCCUCGUCGAACGAAACAGUCGAGAAUGCCUAUUUCAUGGCUUGCCACCUACUAUAUCGAUAUGGACACUGCCUGCGCCACCCCGUCGAGAAGCGGGGAUCGUUCAAAUUCCUCACUCAUGUGGAGAGCUCCGUGGGCUGGCGCACGGGAUGGAUUAUUCGCGAAUUAGAGGAUCAAUGGAACGAGUUGCAGGGAUUGGAUUCGUGGGAGCUGUAG